AUGGCUCAUCAAUGGAUUAACGUCCAACAGAAGACGUUUACAAAAUGGAUGAAUAACAAGAUUUUGCCGAGGGGUUUAGUGGUUAAGGAUCUCGUUACUGACCUCAGCGAUGCUGUACUUCUAAUACACUUGCUCGAAUGCUUAUCUAGUGAAUCGUUGGGACGAUAUGCGGCGAAACCGAAAUUGCGAGUACAAAAGUUCGAGAAUGCGAACACGGCGCUCAACUUUAUUAAGUCGAGGGGGAUUCAGAUGACCAAUAUUGGUGCAGAAGAUGUAGUCGACGGAAAUCGCAAAAUUAUUUUAGGUCUUAUUUGGACUCUCAUUCUGCGAUUUACCAUUAGCGAUAUUAACGAGGAGGGUAUGACAGCCAAGGAGGGUCUUCUCUUGUGGUGUCAACGUAAAACAGCCUGUUAUGACGAAGUCGACGUUCGGGAUUUCAGUACCAGUUGGAACGAUGGACUCGCCUUUUGCGCGCUGUUAGAUAUUCAUCGACCCGAUCUUAUCGACUACGACGCUUUAGACAAAUCCGACCACCGAGGGAAUAUGCAACUAGCAUUCGAUAUCGCUAGUAAGGAGAUCGGUAUCCCCGAUUUGCUAGAUGUUGAAGAUGUUUGCGAUGUUGCUAAGCCUGAUGAGAGGAGUUUGAUGACGUAUAUCGCCUACUGGUUCCACGCGUUUUCGCAGAUGGAGAAGGUUGAGAAUGCUGGCCGACGAGUAGAGAAGUUUGUUAACAACAUGCAAGGAGCAUGGGAGAUGCAGAGCGCCUACGAGAAGCGGAUGGCAGAGUUGUUGCGACAGAUCAGGGAGCAAGUAGAACAAUGGCAACAAGCAACUUUCGAAGGAACGUACGUCGACGCAAAGAGGCAAGCAACCGAGUUCGCAUCUUAUAAGAGGGGCAAGAAGAGAGAAUGGGUUGCCGAGAAGAGUGACCUGGCUACGUUAUUAGGAAACAUUAAGACUAAGCUUGGUACUUACCGACUUAGAGCCUAUGAGCCUCCUCCGGAGCUGUCAUUAGAGACUACGGAUAGGGAAUGGGCUAAACUAACCGAGGCCGAGAUGAUGCGCGCCCAACUAAUUAACGAGACUAUUCGAGAUAUCAAGAACGCUCUACGUAAAUCGUUUGCCGACAAGGCCAACGACUUUGCGCUAGCUCUUAAUACAAUGCAAAUCGCUAUCUCGGGUCUCGAAGGAGAUGUGGAAGAUCAACUUCUGCACGUGCGAAAAUUAAGCGAUAACCUGCCGCCGUUAGACGCUUACUUGGAAAAGAUCGCAGCCGUCGACGCCAAAUGUCAGGAAGCUAACAUCGAAGAAAACGACUUCACAACUUACACGUACGACGAGCUACUAUACGAACUAGGUCUCAUCAAAUCGUCUGUGCAGAAGAAGCUCGCCUUCCUAGAGAACCAGAUGGUGGCGCGCAGCAUGACGAACCUAACACCAAUCCAGCUAGAGGAGUUCGAGUCCGUGUUCCGAUACUUCGACCGAGACGACACGAACUCGUUGGCGGAGCUAGAGUUCUCAGCGGCACUGGCGUCCUUAGGUCUGGUGUUUAGCGAGGACGAGAUGCACGACUACUUCGCGGAGACGUCGCGGGGUCGCGACAGAGUCACAUUUGAGCAGUUUAUCCGAUUCAUGGUAGACGUGACAGAAGACCAGAACACCGCCGAGCAGGUGUUCCAGAGCUUCCGCGAGGUAGCCGAUGGUAAACCGUACGUCACCGAGAUGGACCUGCGUCACUCCCUCGUCCCUGACGACGUUAUCGAGAAGCUCUGCGAGAUUGUGCCUCACCACAAUGGCCCUGAUAUGGCGCAGGACCGCGGCGUCGCCCAAUUCGAUUAUAUCAGCUUCAUGGAGAAGCUGAUUUCUAGACCUGAGCGCCGCGGUAGCGAUAGCGCCGGUGCUGCUCCUGGUUCUGCGGGGUCGGGGGCGCCGCUCCAGGAUAUUACGAAUGGCAGGGCUAGUCCGACGAAGAAGGCUAACGGGUAUCACUAA